AUGGCUCCCAAGAUUGCUAUUGUUUACUACUCCAUGUACGGCCACAUUGCCCAGCUGGCCGCUGCUGAGAAGAAGGGUAUCGAAGCUGCUGGUGGCCAGGCCGAUGUCUACCAGAUCGCUGAGACUCUGUCCGAGGAAGUCCUGGCUAAGAUGCACGCUCCUGGCCAGAACAAGGAUGUCCCCAUCGCCGAACCCAACACCCUGAAGGACUAUGACGCCGUGUUGUUCGGUAUCCCUACUCGUUACGGUAACUUCCCUGCACAGUGGAAGGCUUUCUGGGACAAGACUGGCAGCAUCUGGGCUACUGGUGGCUACUGGGGCAAGUACGCCGGUCUGUUCGUCUCCACCGGUACCCUGGGUGGUGGCCAGGAGUCCACUGCCAUUGCUUCUAUGAGCACUCUCGCUCACCACGGCUUCAUCUACGUUCCUCUUGGAUACAAGACCGCGUUCGGCCAGUUGUCCAACUUGCAGGAGGUCCACGGUGGUAGCGCCUGGGGUGCCGGUACCUUUGCCGGUGCCGAUGGCUCCCGCCAGCCCACCGCUCUCGAGCUUGAGAUCGCCCAAGAGCAGGGCAAGGCUUUCUACCAGCACGUUUCCAAGCCUGUCGCCUCAUCGCAGCAACCACAGCAACAACAGAAGGAACAAACUGCAAAGAAUGAAGCUCCCAAUACUGCGCAGAAUGGUAGGCAGAAUGGACAGGGUACUCAAGGGGAAGAGAAGGAGGCGAGGGGGGGACCUUGCGGUCUUCCUAAGAAGUGCGUCAUUCUCUAA